GGCCCGAAACAUCCAUUGCUCGUCGACGUUGACGUGUUGGAAGGAUCAACAUCUUACCUUCCUCGUAGCCCUGCUGUCCUAGUCCUACGGGCCAAGUUGUCAGUCGCAGGCACUCACUGGGCGAGAUACAGUUGGGGGGUUAGGUCUAGAGUGACCACCAGUGCUGUAUGACAUUGACAGACCCAGCGCCAUGGAUCCGCCGGAUGGCCGAAUCGAUGUGGCUGCAGGUCUAGUUCCCUUUGUUCCCUUUGUUCUUUUGCUCGUCCGACGGUGGAGACCGUGGUCGUCCAUUUGCGAGAGGCCCUGUCUCUGUCCUCCCCUGUCCCUCUUUCUCGUUCGGUUUUGGCCUCGCCGUCGCGGGUGGUGGAGCUCAUGGGUCUUCCCUGUUUGGACGCUGACACGCAGAAAUGAAAAAACAAAUAAUAAAAUAAACAGGAAAGAAAGAGGGGGAAGAGGGUGGAGACGGCCAGAACGCCUCCCCGAAGAUACAAAGACCGGCGUGGAGUCAAUUUUCCUGUGGAUUACGUCGGCCGGAUCUACGAGGCAGGGUGAAGAAAACGCCUGUCGUGUCCUCCACCUGGCAACAGGAAUGUGUCAGUUUACCUAUCACUUUUCGACCGAAGAAGGUGUUGAACUAAGGGACGAUCUCCCGCUUUAUCCUCCCUGUGUCAGGUUUCUAAUCCGCCAGGCAGAAGUUCGUGGAAGAUUGAAAAUAAAAAUAAAAAUGAAACAAGAAAUUAAAAAAGUGACACAAGUGACCAUAAGCUUGGUGGUUGUACAAAACGAACAUGUCACACUAUCACCACGGUUCGAUCCCAAAAAGGGCAAGAUUAUGUAUUACAUCCCUGUCGAUAACUAACUGCGAAAGGCUUCCAGAAUGACAAGACCCCGAAAUGGCCUGGUGGGAGGAGAAAGAGAAAAGAAAAAGAAAAGGUCGACCGGGUGGCGAGAGGGAUGUCAGCUACUGCAAUGUAGCGGUGAUCCCACGCCGUUUCAUGCGCAACAAAACCACCGUGACCGGUUGGAUGGACGCUUUACAAGGGCCGCAACGCAACGCAAGGGUGAAGGAUUUUAAGAUGUGUGAUGCGUGAUCUCGAGCCGGCCGGAUAGAUACAUGCGGAAGACCAGCCUGCAA